AUGCGGAGGACGGGGCGCACCCCGCCCCAAUCGCCGCGUCCCCCCAAAACCCCCGCGGCCGGCCGGGGGGGCACGGCGCAGAACCGCAGCGGCACGGCCGGCCGGGGGGAACCGGACACCGGGGACGAGCAGCCGCGCCGGCCCGGCCCCGCACGGCCGGGGAGACGGCGGGAACGGCAAGUUACUUCCCGCACCGGAGGGGAUGGGGGGUGGCGGGUGUCCCCGCCGCCGCCGCCGCACGUGCCCCGCCGCCCGCGCCGCUUUGUCCGCCGGGCUCCGCGGCUCCGCCCGCCCCCGCGCGGCGGCCCCGCCCGCGGCCGCCGCUCGCCGCCCGCCCGCCCGCCCGGCCCCGCCGCGCCGCCGCCGACAGGCCCCGCCCACCGCCCGCGGGGCCCCGCCCCCGCGCCCGGCCCCGCCCACACCGCCCCGCCCCGCUGCGAGCCACGCCCCCGCCACGCCCCCUCGGCGCUGCCCUCAGCGCCCCCUGCUGGCCGCAAACGGAGCCGCCCCCCCUCGUCCCUCCGGACCCCCCGGAGCCCCCGGGACCCCCGGACAGCGCUCGGACAGAGCCCGGACCCCGCCGGGUCCCCAGGACAGUGA